AUGUGUAACCUGAGAUAUCCUUCCAGGGACAAGAAGUUUAGCCAGAUGGGGGGUGAUGUGGUUGGUUCGUGGAGCGCCCCCAGCUCUGUCCCCGGCCCUGUCCCCCCUCCGGAGGGCGAGACAGAUACUAUGUCCAACGCCCAGAGGAGCACGCUCAAGUGGGAGAAGGAGGAGACUCUGGGCGAGAUGGCCACCGUGGCCCCAGUCCUGUACACCAACGUCAACUUCCCCAACCUCCUAGAGGAGUUCCCAGGUUGGUACAUCAUACACAAAGUUUCUCAAAUGAAAAUGAGAUGAUUUUUGGUUCCGUCAAAUUCAAAAGUUUGAAUUACCUACUACAUUUUUUCGAAUGAAAUAAUUAUGAGCUCUGAAGUUCUGUGACAAACACUUAAAAAGGGGACUGGGAAAGGUAUUGUACUUGGCCGUAUUGCAUGUGUGUUCUAGCGCUACACGUUUUAGUGACUAAUCUUUUUGCUUUCUCAGACUGGGCUAUGAGAGUGAAACAAAUCGCAAAGUUAUGGAGGAAAGCCAGUUCCCAGGACAGGGCCCCAUAUGUGGUAAGUACUUUACAUCCAUGCUGGACUGUGAUGCCCUGCACUUAUUUUGAUCAGCAGGUUUUGCUGAUUGACUGACAAAAGAUAAGAGAAGUUUGUAUAAACAAAAGAAAAAAUACAUGCAUUGAAGAAAAAAUAGCAAAUAUUUUACAAAACACUUAAAACCUCCAACGAAAACUUAGAGCGCUAUUCAAUAAAACAUGUAUUAUUUCUACUUCACCAGAAGAACAUUGUUGUUUGACUGAUUCCACAAACCUGAUUGCGGCUUUUGAUUAAAUGGGGCCCUAUACCUUUUGAAGUGAUGAAUCAAAGGAAAUCAGCCUGAACAAACUUGCUGAAGUAAAUUGUAGAGGCCAUUAUGGAGAAGCUCGAUAUUUGUGCUUGUCUUGUUCUUUUAAUCUGUUUUCUGUUUAUAUUUUAAACCCAAAGGCUCUCGCGCUUUGUCCCUUCUCGUGUCUUUGUUCUGUUUGAAUGUUGUGUCUAGUACAUUUUCCAAAUUAACAGAUAGUUCUUUGAGGAUUUUUCAGGACAUUCAGAAAAAUGGUGGAGCCUUUAUUUGUUCUAGUAGGGUUUUAAGAAGUUAGCAGCUCAGGAAAUGUAUAUGUCUUGCACCAUCAAUUACAAAAUGGACUGUCUCUUCCAAUCCCCUAUCUUCCAGCAAAAAGCACGGGAUAACCGGGCGGCCCUGCGCAUAAACAAAGUUCAGAUGUCAAAUGAUACGCUGAAGAGACACCAGCAUCCUCAGCAGCAGCCGCUGUUGACUGACACCUUUGACCCCAAUAGUGUCCCCUUGGACACUGAGCUGCUCUUCAAAGACUCUCUCAAGCCCAAGGAGUCUGAGCACGAGCAGGAGUGGAAGUUCAGACAGGUAAGAGUUCCUUUGGAGGGUUAACAAGGUGCUGGGAAUGGAGGGAGGGGGAAUAUAAAGCAUUGGCACACUGUAAAGCAGGGUUUCUCAACAACUAUUCUAGGAGUUGUUGAGGAUUCGUUUGGCCUUAAUUUUUAAAUGUUACAAUGUGUUUUGUUUAAACUGAGUCUGAGGGUACGAGAUUGGAUGCAGGAUUGUGGGGCAAUUGCAUGCAUGCCUUUAAAAUAAGAAAUGUUUGUUUAGUGGCUGCCUUGGCAGGUCUUCAGGAAGCCAAAUGGUAUAAGUGGGAUUUUGUUCCUGCAUGUUGAGAAACCCUGGUGUGAGAGAGCAGUGUGCACUUUUUUGUGUGUACAUGUAUUUUAUGACACCAUAAUACACCACCAUAAUAAUCAAGUACCGCAUGUCAGGGGAAUUGUGAGUAGGAGCAAGGUGGUGAGAUUGAACAUAACAUAACCUGGGGGCAUGAAACAGAUUUUUUAUUUAACUUUAUAUAUGUGCAUGGUUGAGUGAGUCAUUUUUAAACAAUACAUUUGGCGUUCUCAUACAGUCUACUAAUUCUUAAUUUGCAUUGAAAAGGGAGAGUUAAAUCAGAUGUGGGGACCCCUUAAGAAGCAGCAGGAAAAGGUCCCAAAAAGCAAAGCCAUAAAAUCAACAAAUAAAGACGUCCUUUUUGGACAUUCCAACCAGGCAACUAUAGCUGCAGGAGGUGGAAAAAUUUCUCUGGUAAGAUUCCCAAGGCGAAGCACUGUUCUGGUAUUCGUCUGCCGAGAACCAAUAAAGCAAAAUUUACAAGGUGUAAGAAAAGCUAACUGUAAAGUGGAGUUGUAGGGAGAAAAGCUUGGUUAACUGGUAAAAUCUGUCCUUGGCCCUGAAAAAACACAGUAACAGCCUCCAGAAGCUUUAUUUCAUCACCAUAUUAUUACAUACACCUUCACAUUGUUCCCUCUUGCAUGGCUUAACAACACACGCUAGACCCACUCAUAUUGAAAAAGCAUUAAAACUUUGUUGUGAGUGAGGGAAAGAAAGCAUUCUUAGCACCAUGUCAUCAUAAAAUUACAAAUUCAACGCUUCCAAAAAGGCUUAAUUAACUGAAGUGUCUCUCCUCCCCUGCUUUUCUUGUUUCCAUGGCAGCAAAUGAGACAAAAGAGCAAGCAGCAGGCGAAGAUCGAAGCCACUCAAAAGCUGGAGCAGGUUAAAAAUGAGCAGCAACAGCUCCAGCAACAACAACAACAACAGCUGUUUAGCAGUCAGUCAGGUGGAGAUACAACCCCUAAUAGUGGUAACCAGAGCCCCAUGACUCCUCAGCCCAGCAAUGGAGGAAAGUCUGGAAACUCGUCCCCACUGCAGCCAAUAGCAUCUAAGGAUGGCUUCGCUAGACCCCAACUCCCGGGCACACCCACCUCUGGGUCACAGGAUGACGUGUUCCUCAGACCCCAGCUCCCACCUCCGUCCUCAAGGACACCCACCCAGGAGACCUCGUACCCCCAGCAGGGGCCAUCCUCCCAGCCCCAGUCACCACAUAUGUUUUCCCCGGGUUCCUCCUCAGGCUCCCGGCCAUCCUCGCCUUGGGAUCCAUACGCCAAAAUGGUGGGCACCCCGAGACCGCCCCCUGGGGGUGGUGGAUCCACCACGCCCCGGCAGAACUCUCUGUCGGAGAUGCAGGAAAGGGGAGGGAGGCCUUCCCCGGCCCACGAGUCGUUUGGCUUGCCCACGUCUGGUAAUGCUGACCCCUAUGCUAAGAUGCCAGACACCCCCAGGCCCCCCGACCCCUUUGUUAAACCCAUGGGACCCGCCAGGGUGGGCCCUUCAGGACUGGGUGAGCAGCAGCAACACCAGCAGGUCCAGGCACAUGAUGAGUCCUCCCUCUGGGGGAGAGACUUUUGCCAGGAUGGGCGGACACCGAGCCGAGGUCUACCAGCGCAUGUCUCACAACCGCAUGAUCCUCUCGGACCCCUACUCCAGGCCUUUGCUCACUCCCAUCCCCGGCAGCAACGAGUCGGGCUCCGUGCCGGUGUUCAAAGCCCCCAUGCCUCCCCAGCAGUCCCAGCAAGAGCCCUACAGUGGCCCUAUGCCUGGGGGACUUAAACGAGGGCCAUCUGAUGGCUUUCCACAAGGACCACAGGCCGACCCUUACGCCCAGCAGCCUCUCACUCCCCGGCCACCCAUGGGGGAAGGGUUCCCCAAUGAGCCCAAGAUGAUGCGCCAACCCCAGGAGGGCCAUUUCGCUCAUCCCAUGCCAAUGAUUAGACACCCUCACAGAAACCUGUAUGCCCAAGCGCCAUCUACCCCGAGGCCGGAUUAUUCACAGCAGAUGUCUGACCCUUACGCCCAACCGCCAGGCACCCCCAGACCUCACUCUGAUGGCUAUGCCCAACCUCCUGGCACCCCAAGGCCACACUCGGAUCCCUCAUACCUGCAGACGCCACCUAGCAUUCGUCUAGACCAGUUUCCCCAGCAGCACCCAGCCAAUCACAGACAGUCUCCAUCUCACUCCAUGGAUCCUUAUGCUUCCAUGCCAGGUACCCCCAGACCAGCCCCAGGGGAUAGGUUUCCCAAAUCCCCCAGUAGUCAAAGGAACAUGGACCCCUAUGCCCAACAACCCGGAACCCCAAGACCGCUCCACACCGACCCUUACGCCCAAGCUCCAGGGACACCGCGACCAGAAGCAGGCCCUGACGCCUUCAAUCGACUAUGCUCCAGACCGAUACCCAUGUCCCAGCUCCCAGCUGACCCCUUCUCCCACCAGUCUCCGGGCAGGGUGCAGGACGUGUUUGCCCAUCCAAGCGCCCUGGGCUCUCAGACACCUAAGCACCCGGGAAAGUCGGAUGAAGGUUUCUCUCUGCCGCAAUCGAAUCAUCACGGUGGUCAAACGCAGAUUCACGACCCCUUUGAACAGGGUCCAAUGACACCUUUUGCCCAAACUUCGGAAAGGCAGGCCCAUGAUAUCCCCCAGUCUAUCAGCAACACUGUUGACGCUCAGAACAGCAUGCUACCACACCUGGGAGACACUGAAGAGAAGCUCAGACAGGUAUUUGCAUUUGGUAGAGACGCAAUGACACUCACAUGGGUAACACAUGAUUUGCCAUAAAACCUUCUUCUGUUUGCAUAGUUAUUGGCAGGUGAUUAGUCAUUCCGCAUUCCAAUAUGGCAGUGCAUGUUGGUGCAACGUGAAACAUUUUUGCUUCUCUGUAAGGAUCCCUAAAAUUCGAAUGAAUGACUAAGUGCAUGAUGUAACUUGCUAAAGUGUACCGUGCUCUCCCCCCGCAGCGCCAGAGACUGCGCCAGCAGAUCCUUAGGCUGCAGCAACAGAAGUCUGCCAUCCGGCAAGAGAAAGGACUACUACAGGAAGCUGUUGCAGCCCCCAGCCCGGGGACACCCCACCACUGGUCACAUGACGAUCCCGCCCCACAGAGCGACAUGUUCGGCAGACCACCACCACCUUACCCAGGACCCAUGAGGGGCGGCCCCCACGUUCCCGGGGAUCAGAGGUUCCCUGGUACCUUCCUAGAGGACCAGCGAGGACACUUCCCCAAUGAGGGACAGUUUGCCAGACCCCACUUCCCCAGGGACAUGGCCAACAUGGGCAACAUGGGCAUGAGGCCACAAGGAAUGAGGUUAGUUGAAUUUGACAGCAUAGAUUUCACUCAGCUGUAGUUUGUUCAAACUUCUUUGUAUGCACAGUCUUUACCCAUAUUCAGCUGUAUAUUUGUAUAAUUGGCUUGCAGAAUUGAUUGCGCCCCUUGAAACAAUUCAAUUAAUACAAAUAUGUUAAACAUGCUAGAAAUGUGUAAUGAAGUGUCAUUAUUGAAGUCCCACUUAGUGUAAUCUUCCUUAUUGAAGAUGUGUGUAGGGCGCAAUCAAUGCUAUUGUGUUCUGCCUGGGAUGUAGUUAUGGAUGAGCAUUUAACAAUGUGUUUUCCAUCUUUUCUACUCUCAGGUUUGGAUUCCCCCCCGGCGCUCAAGGAUCCCUUCAACCAGGCCAGGAGCAACACUUCCUCAGGCCCCUUCACCAGAUGCCUGGCGGGCCCAUGGUCGACAAUGUGCCACCCCAGAUGAGAAUGUCCCACUCGGUGGAGUUUUCCAGGGGGGUCAUGGAGGGCAACACCCAGAUGGGGCUCUCCCCGCACUUCCCCCCACGGGGCCUUCCUGUCCAGCAGCACAACAUCAUGGGUCAGCCGUUCAUCGAGCUCCGCCACAGGGCCCCUCAGAACAGGAUGAGGAUGCCCUUUGGGCAUGGACCUCCCAAUGUCAUGGACCCCUCCAACCAGCCCCAGAUAACACCCCAGGGCUUCAUGGAAGGCCAGGAGAUAGGCUUCGCCGGGAACCAGGGACCCAGAAUGAUGGACCCCAUGAUGGGCAGACCUUCCCAGGGAUCGGUCGGUCACAUGCAGAUGUCGGCUAGUAUGGAGAACCUGCACCAGCAGCAGACUGAAGUUCUGAUGACCACAGGGCAGCAACAGCAUCCUCCACUGAAUAGGUCACUCAGCCACCCGGUCACUGGUGAGUCACUCAAUGCAGCGCCAUCUAGUAUGCUCUUGCCUGGGUCUAGCACCGGUCAAACGGAGGAGACUCAGAUACCCAGUGGAGACGGAAUCGAGGAGAACUUGGAUGCUGAAGACUCCGCAGUGAAGGACCUUGAAGAUGUAGAGGUCAAAGACCUGGUCGACCUGAACCUGAACCUGGACCCGGAUGAUGGCAAAGACCUUGAACUGGGACCCAAUGACCUGCACCUCGACGACUUCCUCAUGUCGGGGAAGUUUGACCUCAUCGCCUACACGGACCCCGAGCUCAACCUGGAGGACAAGAAAGACAUGUUCAGUGAAGAAGAUCUGGACCUGGGCGACCCCAUGGAGGACCACCAACAGGGAGAGACCUCGGACCUCCAGAAAGCCCUGUCGGAGAAGAGGAAAGGCAGCGGGGAUGGCGCAGCCACCUCGUCCCGAUCGGUGGGGAAAUCAGACAAACGGGAGGCCAACGAAUCGAAAGAGACCUUGGACAUGUUUAAAACCGAGGAUACAAUCAAAACGGAGGUCAAAGAUGAACACCAAAAUCAGGACCAGUCUCUCUGCAGUGGCCCGGUGAAUGACAACAGAACCAUGACAAACCAAGAGGGCGCAGGGCUGUAUGAGCAGCCUGGACAGACUGGCUCCGGCUCAACUCCGGUCCUCUCCAGCAUUCUGAUCAAAGAGAAACUGGAAGACACUGGGUUUGGCCCAAACGGCUCUCCUCACCAAGGGGACAUGGCUGCCCAGGCCACCGGGCUACACCCAAACACUGGCAUGCUGAUGCUACCUAGGCAACACGCCCAAGACAACAACAGGCUCAAUCCCAGCGUGGCUAUGGGACAUCGGGUGAGCCCCGCGUUGGUUCAGAGCAGGCUUUCAAUGGGAAACCCAAACCUCAUCUCAGGAGGCAACCACAGCUUCGGGGCCUCAGCCAACCAGCAGGUGGAGCUAAACCUAGCCAUGGUUGGAGCCAGUCAGCAGCCCAAUGCCCACAGCCUGAACCCCCAGGGCCAGCAGGGCAUGUUCCCCCAACAGCAGGGCCCCUCGCUGGGGCAGGCCGGCCCACAGAACAGGCCUCUGCUGCUGGAAGAGCAGCCACUCCUCCUACAGGACCUGCUGGACCAGGAGAGGCAGGAGCAGCAGCAGCAGAGGCAGAUGCAGGCCAUGAUCCGACAGCGCUCCAGCGACUCCUUCUUCCCCAAUAUGGGUAAGGGCAUUGAGCUUCAGAUAGACAUGUCAACUGUUUUGGUCACCCGUUUCAUUUAGUCACACACAUUACCAGGGUGUUGUCAGAUUAGUUGUCUGGGGGUUUUGCAGUCAUUUUGCAUGGUCAUCCUUUUUGGUAUAUAUGAGGAAUAUCAAGCCAUUUCAGUUGGAGCCUCAUGCUUUAUUCAAGAUUUAGAGUGAAAAUAAGUACUUGGCAUUUGUUCAAUUGUAAUUUGAGGAACAGAAUGUUGGACUUCAUUUUUUUUGACAGACACUUUUGGGAGUCUUACUUCACCAGCAUUCCAUCCGUAAUUUAGACAUGAGGGGGGGCUUCUUUUGAAAUGGCUUAAAAGGAGGUCAAACGCUAGGAUUAAGUGGACCUUUUUAUUUUUUAGCAGACUUUGAUGCCAUCACAGACCCGAUCAUGAAGGCCAAGAUGGUAGCCCUGAAGGGAAUCAAUAAAGUCAUGGCUCAGAACAGCAUGGGAAUGCCCCCAAUAGUCAUUAACAGGUAAGACAAAAGCUCACCUUACCGCUAGCUCAUUAUCUGUGCUUGUGGGUAAUAUGUACAUUAAUUUAAAGGCUUUUUGUAAUACUCUCUUGGUCCGUCCAAAACACUAUUGAGAAGCUUAGUAUUGAAUGGGAAAUAUUUAGAAGUCAAUUUAAUGUUCCCUAAAACAACGAUCCUCUCAUUGUCUUUGUGGCAGAAUUCAGCAGACGCCGGGAGCACAUGGACCAGAUGCUGCCGCUGCUCUGCCUAAACAUGUGCUUGGACAGGUAAGCAUUGUGAAUCAACCACUAUCUGUCUGUCGGUUUCAUCUAUUCUGCUAAAAAACAAGGCCUCAUUAUCGUUUGUUAAUUGUCUUCGCAGGACGGGAAGUUGGCUCCACAGAUGGCGAGACCAAACCCCCCGAAUUUUGGACCUGGAUUCAUCAGUGAGUGGACAACCCAAUGUUUUUUUAUUUGCAUUUGAUCAAGACAUCCUUAUUCACUUUAACCAAAUUAUUAAUCAUAGACCAUUCUUUAGGUUUCUUCAGUAUUUCAUAUGUUGAUAUACAAUCCAGGGUCUAUUCGAUUUCACCUAUAUGCCUUUGGCAUUUAUACAUCCAAAGUAAAAAUGGCGCCUAACCCACUCUUGUCUCUCAGACGACAGCCAGAGGAAGCAGUAUGAGGAGUGGCUCCAGGAGACCCAGCAGCUGCUCCAGAUGCAGCAGAAGUUUCUAGAAGACCAGAUUGGGGCCCACAGGAAGUCCAAGAAGGCCCUGUCGGCCAAACAGCGGACAGCCAAAAAGGCGGGCCGGGAGUUCCCUGAGGAGGACGUCGAACAGCUGAAGCAUGUGACCGAGCAGCAGAGUGUGGUGCAGAAGCAGUUGGAGCAGGUAGCUAACUAAAUGUAGCAGGGGUUAAUUACCGGCAUUCCAUGUUGAAGGUUUUGGAAAUAUUUCGAUCUUGGAUUUGGUUUAUAUGUUUUUUACAUUACAUGAUUUGACAUCUUUACAUGGCAUAAUCUGUAAUAUGAUUGGAAAUUCUGACUACCUAAAUAAUGUAACGAAAGAUGAGAGGUUGUAGAUGCUGUCAUCUGUAUGAAGUCGUCAUUCACCUUGGAGAGGUGGAUAAGAUAAGGGAAUCGUAUCUUAAGCCACCUGAAUAAAUUGAUUCUCUCUGAAUCUUUGAGGGUCUACUUUAGGAUUUGCCUCGGCCCUUUUGGAUUUAAGCACCGGUAUCCCUUUGGAUUCUACCUUUAUAGAUUUUCUCUUGAAGUUAAACUCUUGAUAGGCGGCUCUUUAUCAGCUCUUUGAUUUGUAUUCCCGUCCCCUCAUAAAUGGGAUAACACCUCAAUUCUGACAAUCUUAAACUUGAUCAUGACCAUGAACUUUUUGGUUAAAUGUCCUCCUCCUUGGCAACACACACCGAGCACACAAAGCUUGAUUGCUGCAAUACAUCUGCUACUUUUAAAGAACUGCUUGUUUUAUUGAGAAUCAAGGGAAACAUUACGGCCGAAAACAAACCUUUUGACCUUUUCUUAGCAACAAAGGGGUGACUUCGCUAAUUAUUUCCAACUGCGGUGACCUUUUCACUGUGGCGAGGUGCGAGACUUCACUGAUGCAUGAACACCACAGGAGACAGCAGACGUGAUUUAUUCUGUGACAUUAACACACAUCGUCUACUCGUGUCAACAUUUUCACAAGGCUUUUUUAAUGAGGUUUUACUACGUUUAAUAAGAGGUUUUACUAAGUAACUGCCAAAAUAAAGGAAACACCAACAUAAAGUGUCUUAAUGGGGCGUUGGGCCACCACGAGCCGCCAUAACAGCUUCAAUGCGCCUUGGCAUAGAUUCUACAAGUGUCUGGAACUCUAUUGGAUGGGAUGCGACACCAUUCUUCCACAAGAAAUUCCAUCAGUUGGUGUUUUGUUGAUGGUGGUAGAAAACGCUGUCUCAGGCGCCGCUCCAGAAUUGAGAUCUGGUGACUGAGACACACACACACACACACACACACACACACACACACACACACACACACACACACACAGACACAUACACACACUUUAAGCUCCUUUGAGACCCUAUUUCAAAGUCACUGAGUUCUCUUCUUCUAGCCAUGGUAGCCAAAAUAAUGGGCAACUGGGCAUUUCUAUACAUGACCCUAACUAAGCAUGAUGGGAUGUUAACUGCUUAAUUAACUCAGGAACCACACCUGUGUGGAAGCACCUGCUUUCAAUAUACUUUGUAUCCCUCAUUUACUCAAGUGUUCCUUUUUUUGGCAGUAUAUUCUAAGAUAUAAUGAUAAUGUUAUUUACUUAGUAAUGGUUCAAUCUGAUUUCUUGUGAGUAGUGGAUUCAUUGAAACAUUUACUGUAUCAAUAAGCAUUAUCUGGUUCCAGGUAGUUUCUGUGAUUGCCAGAUAAAUACCAAUUCUAAUUGGACUGGAUAGAAAAGUGGUGCCUAAAAAUGUUUCUCAAUGCCUUCCUGGACUGUGAAGAACUGCGUGGGAUCCCUUCAAUCUGCUCAUGUUUCUCUGUUUUCUUUUUCCUCUGUGUUAUUUCUCUCUGGUAGAUUCGGAAACAGCAGAAAGACCAUGCAGAGCUGAUAGAGGAGUACCGUGUCAAGCAGCAGCAGCAGCAGCAGCAACAACGGCCAAGUCUCCAGGCUCCUAUGAUGCCAGGGAUGCCACCCAUGCCAGGGAUGCCUACUCAAGCUGCACCUAUGAUGCCCGGAGCACCCUCUAUGGGCCAGCCAAUGAUGGGGCCCAUGAUGCAAAUGCAGCCCCACCCUGGCCAACCUAACCCUGCCCGCAUUCCCAACAUGCCAGGCUGGCACCCAGGGGGAGUCCAAGGACCGAUGGGAGGCCCAGGUCCAAGAAUUCCAGGUCAAAUGCCCCCACAGAUGCCCCUUGCCAGCCCUGCCCAGUUGCCCCAGCCCCAGUUACCACCCCAGGCCCAACUACCACCUCAGCCCCAGUUACCACCCCAGCCCCAACUACCACCUCAGCCCCAGCUUCAGCCACCACCCUCAAUGGUGUCUGGAGCAAGAGCUACAGCAAUGGGCAACGGAACAGGUGCCCAGGGAGCCAGCGGAGCUAACGAUGGAAGUGGUGGAAACAGCCUCGCUGUGAAAUUUGACGACAACAACCCAUUCAGCGAGGGCUUCCAGGAGCGCGAGAGGCGGGACCGCCUGAGGGAGCAGCAGGAGAGACAGCGGAUCCAGCUGAUGCAGGAGGUGGAGAGGCACCGGGCCAUGCAGCAGCGACUGGAGAUGGAGCAGCAAGGCCUGGGUCUGGGGCCUACUGGGCUCCCACCCGGCUCCGGAGCUACUAACUCCGGAGGGGAUAGCCUGGCCCACAUGCCAUUCUACAGUACUGAUCUUCCCCAAGACUUCAUGCAACCCUCUAAGCAUCAACAACAGCCACAACAGCAGCAGCAGGGGCAGCUAGGGCCCAUGUACCCCCAGCAGAGCAACAUGCAGCCAGGCUUCACCAGCGCUGGUGGGCCGCUCCCAGGUCAGGGCUUCAUGCCGGAUGGUGUGCACAGGCCCAUGCCUGGGAACAGGGCAUUUGGUAGUCCAGAGAUGGGUCCCAAAAUCCCCAUGCUACAGGGGCUCAACUACCCCCCUGGACAGCCCCGUCCUGCCGGGUUCAGAGGCCCUGGGAUGAUGCCUCAGGUUGGGGGCGAGGGACAGGGACCCCCGUUUGGAAUGGACUCAUCCACCCCCCUACCUCCCAACUACCCCGGCUCAGGCCAGUCCUUGAUCCAGCUCUACUCCAACAUCAUCCCAGAGGAGAAGGCUAAGAAGAAGAGGAACAGGAAGAAGAAGAGAGAGACUGUUGACGACGCAGACUCAGUCAAGACCCCAUCCACUCCCCACUCGGACCUCUGCGCCCCACUGACUCCCUCCCGCGUGUCUGACACUUCAUCCACCCGGAGCCUCAGCAUUCCCGGAGAGCAGGAUCUGUCUGAUCUUUUCCUCCCUGUGGGGUCCUCAGGUUUGGCCCCCUCCUCAGAACUGGAGAGGCAGCUCUCGGGCAGCAGCUUAGCCCAGGGUGGCUGCUCCAGCAUGGGCUCAGAGAAUGACAGGGCCUCCCUGUUUGACGAAACCCUCCAAAUCAAGCUGGAGAGGAUAGAGACUGAGUGCAGAGGGGCGGCGGCCAACGACGGGUCUGCCUUGGGGCAGGGUCCCCGAGCCGGGGGGACAGUGAAGGAGGAGGAGGGAAGCGAGGAGGGGCUCUCUUCGACCCUCCACGGUGCCAAAGGGGGCGACGCGGGGAACGAGCUGCUUAAGCACCUGCUGAAGAACAAGAGCACGCCCCCGCUAGUUGCCAACGCUAACCAGACCCCUCCCACACAGCAGAUAUCCUGCAACAGCCUUUGCUCAGAGCAGGAGGCCUCGGCAGACCUCAGAGCCACCACCAGGCCGGCCUCCACCACCAACAACAUGGUGAGAAGGGAAAGACCACAUUCACACAGAAACUAUAAUCAUCACACCCAUAGGAUACUACAUCUUCUGAAAUCAAGCUAUUUGGGUAUAAAAUGCACAAACAAUUGCUUUUCAGUACUACAUUCCUAAAGAAAGCCCUUUGUUGUGUGUAUAAUAGUAGCUCACCAACCUUGCUUGUAUCAUUGUAAUUUCCCAGACUCCCCCGCACAGUCAGCUGAUAGGAAGCACAGAGCUCCUAGAACCCUCGGUGCCGGCGCAGGGCAAGAGGAAGCAGCAACGCAACAAACGGACACCCAAAAACGGGGCGGAGAAACUGCCAUCACGCUACAAGAGGAGGAAGAAGGAGGAAGAGGAGAGGCACAUCAGUUAUUCUAUUACUGACACUCUGCCCCAGCUCAAACAGGUACAGGUCAUAAUGGUCGGCCACCAAACAGUGUUGAUUGGCUUGUGUUUAUUGAAUGUGCAGUGGUGAUUUUAGCAUGUAAAUCUUGGUGAGGGAAACUCCCCAAAACAUUUUUUAGAUGCAUGCCAGCAAAGCUACUACACAACACUAAACAAUACAUUCAUUGCACUUUAACGGUGGCAAACGGUACCCACAAACUGUUAGGGCCUACAUAAGCUGUCUCAACAGCAGAGCUUUCUUUUCAGCACCAUGUAGUGAAUCCUUACCACUGCUACACCUGGCUAUCAGUGGAGCCUUGUCUGGCAGCAAAACAAUUCAUUCAGCCUCAUUUACUGCCUUUUUUUAAAAACAUAGCUGAUAUGGCUGACUUGCUUAAAUAAAUGUGGUUUCUACUGACAAUUGAGAUGUACAAACUAUGGCAUAAGGGGACAACAAGUGGAUAAUCCUUAAUUUUGAUUAAGACAUUAAUGAGCGAGCUAGGACGGACGUAGUCAAUAUAACUAUUUGUUCAGCACUUUUGAAAUGUACAGCAACAGAAUUCAGAACAUGGGCCAUUCUUAGAGUAUUCUCCCUGUACACCAAGUCAGAACCGUAGGAUAAAUAAAGGGGGCAUAUAAGCAGACAAUGAAAGCUCUUACAAUAUUUGAUGAUGACAUUUCUCUAAAACAGGCUAUAUGUGCACCACCAGGUCAGAACAGUAGGCUAAGUUAUGAGGGGGAAAUAGGCCAAAUUAUUAGGGUGAGGCACAUGGGCUACUAAUAGCUUACUACACAACAUACACUUAGUAUUACAUUCUUAGCUACAGUAUAUAUAUCUCCCUGGCAUAUUACAUAAUUUAUGCAGCAGCAUACAAUACAUUUUUGGACUCACCUUGUUGUUCUGUGCUCACUUGAACAGGAAGGUGGUGCGGCGGUCCUUGUGGGCAAACUUUGUCAUCAAAGUCUGGCGUUCUCUGGAUUUAUGGUGCUUUCAAGACAAUUGGGAACUUGGAAAAGAACAAGGUUGAAUCAUGACGUCAGUGAUCUUCAGGUCGGAGCUCUAGAAAGAGGCCAGAGUUCCCAACUUGGAAUUCCGAGUUGGAUGACCGUUCAAAAUGUUUUUUUCAGAGUUUCCAGUUGUCUUGAACUCACUGAAGUCUGAGAUUUCCCAGUUCCGAGUUUCCAGUUGUUUUGAACGUGGCUGAAGUCAUGCUGGAUUGACAGCAUGGCCAAUGUAUUCAACCUUUUCUGGCCCAUGGUGUUGCAUGUGAAUGUUUAUCCUUUUAAGCUUGGAAAAGAGACCCUUAAAUGCAUACUUAGACCACACACCUUCUCCACUGAAUAGCAGGCUAGUGAUUGCUUUGCAACGCUUGCAGUUAGCCACUGAUUCCUUCCACACCACUCAUUGUUGAAUUUGCGAUUUCCUACUUGUUGUGUAAUGUUUAUGUCCAAUGAGCACUGAUACGUUUUAUCUAUAAUUUCUCUUCAUAUGACAAGGAAUUGGCAGUAGAUUGUCGACUUGAUUCAUGAUGAUGACUGCUUGUCUAGCUUGCUUGCUAAGAUUUUGAAGGUAUGAUGUUGACAUGAUCAGUCCAAUCAAAGCUACAGUAGAUAUAACGUGAUUUGACGUCAGUUUAUCUGUGGCCAAUGGCCUUGAGCCUUCUUGGAUGGGCACUUACAUUUUUUUGUAUUUUACCCCCUUUUUCUCCCCAAUUUUGUGGUAUCCAAUUGGUAGUUACAGUCUUGUCCCAUCCCUGCAACUCCCGUACGGACACGGGAGAGGCGAAGGUCGAGAGUCAUGCGCCCUCCGAAACACAACCCAACCGAGCCGCACUGCUUCUUGACACGGUGCCCGCUUAACACGGAAGCCAGCCGCACCAAUGUGCCGGAGGAAACACUGUACACCUGGCGACCGAGUCAGCGUGCACUGCGCCCGGCCCGCCACAGGAGUCGCUAGUGUGCGAUGGGACAAGAACAUCCCUGCCUUCCAAACCCUCCCCUACCCUGGACGGCGCUGGGCCAAUUGUGUGCCGCCCCAUGGGUUUCCCGGUCGCGGCCGGCUGUGACAGAGCCUGGACUUGAACCAGGAUCUCUAGUGGCACAGCUAGCACUAGAGCCUUAGACCACUGCGCCACUCGGGAGGCCCGGAUGGGCACUUCUAAUGUAAAUCUAUGGCAGCACCCAAGGGGCUUGAAUUUUCUCGAUUUCCCUGUAGAUUUUGCGGUGACGUAGUGUCCCAAUGCGUGAGAGAACACUGAGCCAAUCACGGCGCAACUAGAGAACAUUACAUUACCUCUGUAUUUUCCGCUGGCUGCCCCACCACCACAGAAAGCACGGAGCUAGGCUGAAAUACCUGCAUUUUGGAGCAAAAAUGAGACCAUGUUUGUAUGCGGCUUCAUUAACUCAAUGUUUAUACAUUGUUUGCAAACUGAUAUGUGACAUGUAUUAAUGCCAAAAUAACAUGCUCAGCCCCACCUGCCCUGAAUGAAGGGUCGCCACUGUGAAUGUGUUGAUUGGCCUGGUAUUGUAGCCAGGCCUAAAACAAUAGUUUUAUUUAGUACAAAUGUCCAGAUUUUGAUGAUGUGUAAAACAUUUGAUUGAUGGUGUUUAAUGUUGCAUGUGUGUGGUGCCGCUAUGUGCAAAUUAGCACUCAGGCUGCUGAUUUUGUAGAUGAAUGUGGAUCUGAUAUCUUCCUCUGCAGCUGCUUGGGUACAAAUGUGGGUGUUAUUUUUCUGUUUUCUGUUAACACACCUCAUAAAUUACUGUCAUCUUGAUAUGUAAUUACUUUAAUUUAGGUUUAAUUGAACGGCCCGUGGAUUUUUAAAAGUAGCACUCGCAAUUUGUGGAAGGCAUAAACAGAAUAUUACAUGGAAAAUAUAUAAUCAUCUUUAGGUGAUUAAUAAUAAAAUAAGGAAAUUGCAUGUCAUUCAGAUGAUGAGGAGAUAUACCAUGGGUAGCAGUGAACUGUUCUGCUUUUUGUCUGGACCUCCCAUGUCUCCGUACACUUUCGAUAACAGUCUAGGUUAAAAUGACUUCAGUUAAUAACCGUCAAUAGUUUUCAUUCAAUUUCUAGAGCAAAUGUUGAUCCUGUUUAGUGCUUACCUCGAAAGCCUUUGGUCUUACUAACCCUCUUUCUUUCCACUCUUCAACCCUUUCUCUUCCUCUCCUUCCACCCUUUCUCUUCCUCUCCUUCCACCCUUUCUCUUCCUCUCCUUCCACCCUUUCUCUUUCUCUACCUCUCCUUCCACCUCUUCUCUUCCUCUCCUUCCACCUCUUCUCUUCCUCUCCUUCCACCUCUUCUCUUCUCUUCCUCCACGUCCACCCCCUCAGGAUCACUCUCUACUGCCCCUGAUGGAGCCCCUAAUGGGGGUCAACUUUGCCCACUUCCCACCCUUCGGCAGCGGGCAGCUCAACGGGGAGAACAGGCUGUCAGGCUCCUUCGGCAGCGGGCAGCUCAACGGGGAGAACAGGCUGUCAGGCUCCUUCGGCAGCGCCUUGCUCGACGGUGUGUCAGACUACUACUCACAGCUCAUUUACAAGGUGAAGAGAGCACACUGUUAGGUCAAAAUGUGUGUAUGGACGUCCGUCCGUUUUCCAGGUGAAGAGUACAACAAGGUAUAUCAUAGGAAAGGAAUAGAUUUAAUAGAAAAAUAAAAAGGAUACCCGCACACUGUUCAAUGCUCCUGUAUAUUCAAACACAUUUCCCUAGUUGGAUUCAGUUAGGAUGUUGUGUGCUUUGCCAUUUUUGUAGCAGAACAACUUGAGCAACCCGCCCACCCCUCCAGCAUCACUCCCACCCACUCCGCCUCCCGUGGCGAGGCAGAAGAUGGUCAAUGGGUUCGCCACUGCCGAGAACCUCGCCAGGAAAGCCGCCAUCUUGGGCGGCCAUGAUGGUAAAGUAACUCGUUAAAAAUCACUUCGGAGAAGUAAUGCUGUGGUAACAUUGUAGCUAUUAUUAAAGGGAUAUUAAAUAUAUAUAUACAGUGGGGGGAAAAAAGUAUUUAGUCAGCCACCAAUUGUGCAAGUUCUCCCGCUUAAAAAGAUGAGAGAGGCCUGUAAUUUUCAUCAUAGGUACACGUCAACUAUGACAGACAAAAUGAGAAAAAAAAUCCAGAAAAUCACAUUGUAGGAUUUUUUAUGAAUUUAUUUGCAAAUUAUGGUGGAAACUAAGUAUUUGGUCACCUACAAACAAGCAAGAUUUCUGGCUCUCACAGACCUGUAACUUCUUCUUUAAGAGGCUCCUCUGUCCUCCACUCGUUACCUGUAUUAAUGGCACCUGUUUGAACUUGUUAUCAGUAUAAAAGACACCUGUCCACAACCUCAAACAGUCACACUCCAAACUCCACUAUGGCCAAGACCAAAGAGCUGUCAAAGGACACCAGAAACAAAAUUGUAGACCUGCACCAGGCUGGGAAGACUGAAUCUGCAAUAGGUAAGCAGCUUGGUUUGAAGAAAUCAACUGUGGGAGCAAUUAUUAGGAAAUGGAAGACAUACAAGACCACUGAUAAUCUCCCUCGAUCUGGGGCUCCACGCAAGAUCUCACCCCGUGGGGUCAAAAUGAUCACAAGAACGGUGAGCAAAAAACCCAGAACCACACGGGGGGACCUAGUGAAUGACCUGCAGAGAUCUGGGACCAAAGUAACAAAACCUACCAUCAGUAAGACACUACGCCGCCAGGGACUUAAAUCCUGCAGUGCCAGACGUGUCCCCCUGCUUAAGCCAGUACAUGUCCAGGCCCGUCUGAAGUUUGCUAGAGUGCAUUUGGAUGAUCCAGAAGAGGAUUGGGAGAAUGUCAUAUGGUCAGAUGAAACCAAAAUAUAACUUUUUGGUAAAAACUCAACUCGUCGUGUUUGGAGGACAAAGAAUGCUGAGUUGCAUCCAAAGAACACCAUACCUACUGUGAAGCAUGGGGGUGGAAACAUCAUGCUUAGGGGCUGUUUUUCUGCAAAGGGACCAGGACGACUGAUCCGUGUAAAGGAAAGAAUGAAUUGGGGCCAUGUAUCGUGAGAUUUUGAGUGAAAACCUCCUUCCAUCAGCAAGGGCAUUGAAGAUGAAACGUGGCUGGGUCUUUCAGCAUGACAAUGAUCCCAAACACACCGCCCGGGCAACGAAGGAGUGGCUUCGUAAGAAGCAUUUCAAGGUCCUGGAGUGGCCUAGCCAGUCUCCAGAUCUCAACCCCAUAGAAAAUCUUUGGAGGGAGUUGAAAGUCUGUGUUGCCCAGCGACAGCCCCAAAACAUCACUGCUCUAGAGAUCUGCAUGGAGGAAUGGGCCAAAAUACCAGCAACAGUGUGUGAAAACCUUGUGAAGACUUACAGAAAACGUUUGACCUGUGUCAUUGCCAACAAAGGGUAUAUAACAAAGGAUUGAGAAACUUUUGUUAUUGACCAAAUACUUAUUUUCCACCAUAAUUUGCAAAUAAAUUCAUAAAAAAUCCUACAAUGUGCUUUUCUGGAUUUUUUUCCCUCAUUUUGUCUGUCAUAGUUGACGUGUACCUAUGAUGAAAAUUACAGGCCUCUCAUCUUUUUAAGUGGGAGAACUUGCACAAUUGGUGGCUGACUAAAUACUUGUUUUCCCCACUGUAUAUAUAUAUAUAUAUCAAAGAAUCUUUACUGGCAUUGCAAUGGCAAAAUACAAAUUUCUAUGAUCUGAAAAUAAAAAGGACAAUACAUUUUUGUUUUUCAAUGGCUGAAAUAUGUUUGUUGUUGAAUGAACAUUAGUGAUCAAAGGCCUGGGAGCCAAGAAGCUGCCUACAGCGUUCCGGACAGAGGAAGACCUCAUGGCCCAUGCCAUCAACCAGGGGCCCAAGACAGUGGACGUCCCUGCCUCACUCCCCACACCACCCCAUAACAACCAGGAGGAACUCAGGUGAGGACUUGCAAAUUCACAUUUCAAUGGGAUUUUAGAGGCAGGAUAGUUCCUACCUGGCUUCUGAACGAGUAACUGUAGUAACUGUAAUUUUGCUUCUGAGCGGAGAGUGGAGUAUUAAAGACUGACUUCUGCACUGCCGAGCCAAGCUGUACUGCAUUGUCCCACUGGUUGAACUAGUUUCCCUGAUUCUGUGUAUGUCCCAGGGGCCAGGACCACUGUGUAGACAGGGACACCCCCGACAACUUUGUCCCCUCCUCGUCCCCCGAGAGCGUAGUCGGCAUGGACAUCAGCCGCUACCCCGACCUGUCAAAGGUCAAGGAGGAGCUCCCAUCCCCAUGCUCCUCUCCCGUCAUACCCAUGCUGCCUAGCGCCAGCGGGAAAGGUAAGAAUCACACACACACCCCUUUCACUCCUGACUGAAAUAGAGGUACCAAUAAAUUGUAUUUUAAAGUUAUGUUGAGUUAUAAGAAGGUUUGCUUGUUAGUAAUACUAAUCAUUAGGGAGCCAUUGUAUUGGUGAAUAUCUUUUAAGAAUCUUUCCUCAGGCCAGGGUUGUACAAGUAUUUUAACUGCUGCUUUGUGUUAGUUCCUCUGUAAUAUUAGAUUGUCUGGUUGUUUCCUUUAGGAACUGAGAUAAAGCAAGAGGUCAAGACUGAACCGUCGAGCUCCUUCUUCGGGUCCCUGUUUGGACAGCCUCCAUCCUGCGCCAAAGCUGGCUUGGUAUCCAUAGCAAUCACCUUGAAUCCGGUCGCAGCGGAGGUGAGUGGAUAAACGCAACUGUGAACAACCCAUUUUUACUAUUAUAGUUCCGUUUAUUUCAUGUUGUACACAUUUGCAGCUAGAAACUGAAUUGCAGUGGACAUAGUGAAUACAUACAUAAAUGUAAAUACACUACUGGGUAAGCAAGCCAGACCAUAUACAACACAUUCAAGAAAGCUAUUUUCCGUGAUAGUCUCACGUAUAGCAUCGGCAGGGAGGGGUAGGCAACUAGAUUCAGCCACGGGCUGAUUUUUGCCGGAGCAAAUAGACGGGGGGCCGGAAAAAAAUUAUAAUAAUUUGUACAUUGCAAAUUGACCACAACUAAGCCCAAAAAGAGAUUGUAUUUGAAAAGAACAAUAAUUUCAUACCUUGAUUAUGUUGAGACAAUAACAUAUUUAUUUUAUUUGUGGGAAUACUUGGGAACCGAUUUCCUAAAUUAAACUCAUUUUUAGCUGAAUUCCUGGUGAUUUUAGUAACAAAAUAAAUAAUAAUAAUCCCCCCCAAAAAUACAAAACUCACUUGCGGGCCGGUUUUGAGCAGCCUGUUGCCGACCCCUGGCGCAUGGGGCUGUUGUAUUGACCACAUUUACAUCAUUUAGCAGACGCUCUUAUCCAGAGCGACUUACAAAUUGGUGCAUUCAACUUAUGAUAGCCAGUGGGACAACCACCUUUUUGGGGGGAGGGAGGGGUGGGGGAAGAAGGAUUACUUUAUACUAUUCCAGGUAUUCCUUAAAGAGGACCACCACUGGCUAUGAACUUAUUUGACCUCCCUGACCCUUCUGGACCUGCAGAACAUCCCUGGUGUGGUGGCUGCGGUGGCCGAUCUACUGUGUGUGACCAUCCCCGGCAGCUACGAGGUGAGCCGCGGCCCCGAGCGCAGCUCCCUGGCCUUACUGGCUGGACUCAAGGUGCCUCAGACCCAAGGCAUGGACCCCCUUCACGUCGCCAUGCUCCCCCAGCACCAGCAGCCCCCCGCCAUGAGGUUCCUGAGACCCCCCGGACCACCCACUCAUCCCAGAAUUAGCCAGCAGUUUCAGCCCAUCGGCCCGCCCACCAGCGCAGGUCAGUACACACCAGCAAUCCAACUUCGGGUAAGACGAGGGGUGGCGGUCUCUGUAUUUUUGUAAACAACAGCUGGUGCACAAAAUCAAAUACUAAGGAAGUCUCGAGGUUUUGCUCGCCUGAGGUAGAGUAUCUUAUGAUAAGCUGUAGACCACACUAUUUACCAAGAGAGUUUUCAUCUAUACUUUUCAUAGCUGUCUAUUUACCACCACAAACCAAUGCUGGCAUUAAGAUUGCACUGAAUGAGUUGUACAAGGCCAUUAAUCAACAGGAAAACGCUCAUCCAGAUGCAGCGCUCCUAGUAGCAGGGGACUUUAAUGCAGGGAAACUUAAAUCCGUUCUACCUCAUUUCUACCAGCAUGUUAAAUGUGCAACCAGAGGGGAAAAAAACUCUAGACCACCUUUACUCCACACACAGAGACGCAUACAAAGCUCUCCCUCGCCCUCCAUUUGGCAAAUCUGACCAUAACUCUAUCCUCCUGAUUCCUGCUUAUAAGCAAAAACUGAAGCAGGAAGCACCAGUGACUCGGCUAAUAAAAAAGUGGUCAGAUGACGCAGAUGCUAAGCUACAGGACUGUUUUGCUAGCACAGACUGGAACAUGUUCAGGGAUUCUUCAGACAGCAUUGAGGAGUACACCACAUCAGUCACUGGCUUCAUCAAUAAGUGCAUCGAUGAUGUCGUCCCCACAGUGACCGUACGUACAUACCCCAACCAGAAGCCAUGGAUUACAGGAAACAUCCGCACUGAGCUAAAGGGUAGAGCUGCCGCUUUCAAGGAACGGGACUCUAACCCGGACGCUUAUAAGAAAUCCCGCUAUGACCUCCGACGAACCAUCAAACAGGCAAAGAGUCAAUACAGGUCUAAGAUUGAAUCAUACUACACUGGCUCUGACGCUCGUCGGAUGUGGCAGGGCUUGAAAACUAUUACAGACUACAAAGGGAAGCACAGCCACGAGCUGCCCAGUGACACAAGCCUACCAGACGAGCUAAACCACUUCUAUGCUCGCUUCGAGGCAAGCAACACUGAAGCAUGCAUGAGAGCACCAGCUGUUCCGGACGACUAUGUGAUCACGCUCUCCGUAGCCGAUGUGAGUAAGACUUUUAAGCAGGUCAACAUUCACAAGGCCGCAGGGCCAGACGGAUUACCAGGACGUGUACUCCGAGCAUGUGCUGACCAACUGGCAAGUGUCUUCACUGACAUUUUCAACAUGUCCCUGACUGAGUCUGUAAUACCAACAUGUUUCAAGCAGACCACCAUAGUCCCCGUGCCCAAGAACUCUAAGAUAACCUGCCUAAAUGACUACCGACCCGUGGCACUGACGUCUGUAGCCAUGAAGUGCUUUGAAAGACUGGUCAUGGCUCACAUCAACAGCAUAAUCCCAGAAACCCUAGACCCACUCCAAUUUGCAUACCGCCCCAACAGAUCCACAGAUGAUGCAAUCUCUAUCGCACUCCACACUGCCCUUUCCCACCUGGACAAGAGGAACACCUACGUGAGAAUGCUAUUCAUUGACUACAGCUCAGCAUUCAACACCAUAGUGCCCUCAAAGCUCAUCACUAAGCUAAGGAUCCUGGGACUAAACACCUCCCUCUGCAACUGGAUCCUGGACUUCCUGACGGGCCGCCCCCAGGUGGUAAGGGUAGGUAACAACACAUCUGCCACACUGAUCCUCAACACGGGGGCCCCUCAGGGGUGCGUGCUCAGUCCCCUCCUGUACUCUCUGUUCACCCAUGACUGCAUGGCCAGGCACGACUCCAACACCAUCAUUAAGUUUGCCGACGACACAACAGUGGUAGGCCUGAUCACCGACAACGAUGAGACAGCCUAUAGGGAGGAGGUCAGAGAUCUGGCCGUGUGGUGCCAGGACAACAACCUCUCCCUCAACGUGACCAAGACAAAGGAGAUGAUUGUGGACUACAGGAAAAAAAAGAGGACUGAGCACGCCCCCAUUCUCAUCGACGGGGCUGUAGUGGAACAGGUUGAGAGCUUCAAGUUCCUUGGUGUCCACAUCACCAACGAACUAUCAUGGUCCAAACACACCAAGACAGUCGUGAAGAGGGCACGACAAAGCCUAUUCCCCCUCAGGAGACUAAAAAGAUUUGGCAUGGGUCCUCAGAUCCUCAAAAAAUUCUACAGCUGCACCAUCGAGAGCAUCCUGACUGGUUGCAUCACCGCCUGGUAUGGCAACUGCUUGGCCUCUGACCGCAAGGCACUACAGAGGGUAGUGCGUACGGCCCAGUACAUCACUGGGGCAAAGCUCCCUGCCAUCCAGGACCUCUAUACCAGGCGGUGUCAGAGGAAGGCCCUCAAAAUUGUCAAAGACUCCAGUCACCCUAGUCAUAGACUGUUCUCUCUGCUACCGCACGGCAAGCGGUACCGGAGUGCCAAGUCUAGGUCCAAAAGACUUCUCAACAGCUUCUACCCCCAAGCCAUAAGACUCCUGAACAGCUAAUCAUGGCUACCCGGACUAUUUGCACUGCCCCCCCACCCCAUCCUUUUUACGCUGCUGCUACUCUGUUAAGUAUUUAUGCAUAGUCACUUUAACUCUACCCACAUGUACAUAUUACCUCAACUAGCCGGUGCCCCCGCACAUUGACUAUGCAACGGUACCCCCCUGUAUAUAUAGCCUCCCUACUGUCACUUUAUUCUAUUGUAUAUAUAGCCUCCCUACUGUCACUUUAUUUUUUACUUCUGCUCUUUUUUUCUCAACACUUUUUUGUUGUUUUAUUCUUACUUUUUUGUUUAAAAUAAAUGCACUGUUGGUUAAGGGCUGUAAGUAAGCAUUUCACUGUAAUGUCUGCACCUGUUGUAUUCGGCGCAUGUGACCAAUAAAAUUUGAUUUGAUUUGACUUUAAUGUGCCGACGGUAACAACUGAUAGUGAUGGAAGAAAUUCAGUUUCUGGCCCACAGAGCUGGUAAAAUGGUGGUGGAACCAUAUCUUUCAGUGAAACUAUUUCACAACAAUCUCUCUUACGCCAUUUAAAUUAAUAUAUUUAUCAGUGUCAUGUUAUUAACAGACUAACAAUCAAAUGGCAUGUUUUCCUAGCCUAGGAAACUAGGAAACUUGUUCCUAAGCUUUUCAUUUGGGUUAUUUCAAAACAGUAGUUUUCAGUUUGUACAAGCUAUUUUAGUAAGUAGCUUUUAGCUCAGUAAAUGGCAGGCAAUUAAGCGCUGUGAUGAAGUGAUUUUCAUCCCAUUACCCUCGAUCAAGGGAAUUGGCUGUUUCGAACAGAUUUUGGGCAAAAGCUGGGCACGGAAACAUCAGUCUGUGUGAGUCAGAAAACCUCUGUUACUCUCAGUGGAUAGUCCUAUCUAGCCUCUUAUUGAUAUAUAAUAUAUAAUAAUAAUAUGCCAUUUAGUAGACGCUUUUAUCCAAAGGGACUUACAGUCAUGCGUGCAUACAUUUUUUUGUGUAUGGGUGGUCCCGGGGAUCGAACCCACUACCUUGGCGUUACAAGCGCCGUGCUCUACCAGCUGAGCUACAGAGGACCAUUAGUGAUCAUGUCACUAAUGAUUGGGAGGUUGAACCUGUUAGCUCUUUGGCUGCAGACUUUAAAAAUAUAACAUAUCAGACGUCGUCUAAUUUGAUUGUGAAGAAGCCCUUUGAAAUAACCCCAAUGCAGGAUCUGUCUGUUUCCUUCUCGUUCAGCUGUCUUUCGCCCAGGUGUUUUUAGUGACGAAUUGAUGUAAAAAAUAGCAUGUUUUUUACAUUAUAAAAUGUUCUGCAAUGUUGAUGGUCAGUCUGAUUUGAGUUGUUUGUGUUUUAGGUCCAGCUGCCAGGGGUGAGGGGCCUAAACCCCAGUGGUGCUGCCACUGCAAGGUGGUGGUUCUGGGAAACGGAGUGCGCAAGUCCACCAAAGACCUACCCUGCAGCAAACGGGUAAGCCCCAGAUCAGUUGUUGCUCAACUGAAGCAAGUAUUGUUACUUAAUAUGAACAUGUUUAGUCAUUUAAACUGCAUAAGCCUGAAAUGUAAUUCCUUUCUUUUGGUGCCCACUGAACAUUAUGCUGACAUGUCUCUGCUUUCUGCAGGAGAGACAGAGCCGGGUGGAAGGCAUGGUCUUCUGCAGCCGCAGCUGUUUCAUCCUCCAUGCCACGGACACACAGUCCAAAGCCAAGGACAGUAAGGUGUGCAUCUCUAACUGUAGUUAUCCUACAACUCUUGUCUUGAAUCUUCUCUUUUGAUCUCACAUUUACAUUUACAUCAUUUAGCAUACGCUCUUAUCCAGAGCGACUUACAAAUUGGUAAUCUCUUAGCUUUUAGAGAACCUCACUGACACCAGUACGUUAUGUAGACAGACAGACCGACAACAAGACAGGAUUUUUACAAUAGGUUGUAGAUUGCAUAGAGAAUGAGUGGAUUUGUGUUUUCAUGUAAGCGCAGUCAAAAAGCAGGUGGACUAUUCUAACAUGGUCUUACAAUGACCACAGCUGGGCAAACAAAGAUGCUGAGAGUAAUUAGCAUGAGACUUGGCAUUGGAUUCCUAAUGAGUAAACUCUCUUUCGCAGCCAAACAUGUCUCCUCUCUUGCCUGAGUCGUCGGUCAAAGAGAGCCCGUCUAAGGUGCUCCACCAGUACAGCAACAACAUGUCCACACUGGACGUCCACUGCCUGGCCCAGCUGCAGCCCAAACAGUCUGCCCCCUCCAGUCCCCCUCCCAUCUCUUUCCCCACGGAGAAACCUAAGCCGGACACCCUCAAGGUGACGGUCAAGCUCAAGCCAAGGCCCCGGGCGGUCCACUCUGCCAGCGGGGGUGGUGAUGACAUGUCGCCCCGCCACCACAAGCGCUGGAAGGGCCUGCGCUGGCGCAAGUGGAGCGUGCACAUCGUGUUUCCCACUAGGGGCAGCCUGCUGUCCUCUCUGCCCGGUGAGGAUGAGGUGGACGAGCUGCUGAGGAAGCUGGGUGCCUCUCUGCGUCCCGAUCCCCUCCCUCGCGACCUGCGGCGUUGCUGCUUUUGCCACGAGGAGGGCGACGGCAUGACAGACGGGCCUGCACGCCUCCUCAACCUGGACCUGGACCUGUGGGUACACCUCAACUGCGCCCUGUGGUCAUCGGAGGUGUACGAGACGCAGGCGGGCGCCCUGAUCAACGUGGAGCUGGCGCUGCGGCGGGGCAUGGCAGUGCGCUGCACCUACUGCCAGCAGACAGGGGCCACCAGUGGCUGCCACCGACUGCGCUGCGCCAACGCCUACCACUUCACGUGCGCGCUCAAGGCCCAGUGCACCUUCUUCAAGGACAAGACCAUGCUGUGCCACCUGCACCGGCCCCGUGGCAUCGGCAGUGGCGAUGGGAGAGGAGGCGACAGGGUCUUGGCGCCCGCCGCUACCCACCACGACCACGAGCUGCGAUGCUUCGCAGUGUUCCGCCGCGUCUACGUGCAACGCGACGAGGCCCGGCAGAUGGCCAGCAUCGUGCAGCGUGGCGAGCGCCGGCACACGUUCCGCGUGGGAAGCCUGGUGUUCCACACCGUGGGUCAGCUGCUGCCCCAGCAGAUGGCCUCCUUCCACUCAGCAAACGCCAUCUUCCCCGUGGGCUACCGGGCCAGCCGCAUCUACUGGAGCACACGCCAUGGCAACCGCCGCUGCCGCUACCUGUGCUCGGUGGAGGAGAACGAGGGCCAGCCGGAGUUUGUGGUGCGGGUGAUAGAGCAAGGCUACGAUGACCUGGUGCUCACCGGCGCCUCACCCAAAGGUAAGAGGGCAGGGUGGGGUGAGAAACCCACCGGGGUCAAAUACAUAAGUCAAAUACUUGAGGUGCAUGGAACCAAAGGAAUAGUCCAAAAUGUGCAAACAACUCAAAAGCUACAUCAAGCUCACCUCAAAUACUUUGACAAAUGCAUUGGUCUGGUGUAGAAACCAGGUGAAGGAUGGUUAGAAAACCAGACCAAAUAUGGGUUAGGGUUAGAUUUACACAAACUAAAACUAUACACAUCCUGAUAAAUGAAUCUAGUAACAUCUAGUUACCCUGACUGUUGAAUCUCCCCCUUGUGUUGUAGGUGUAUGGGACAAGAUUCUAGAGCCUGUGGCUGAACGGCGUAACGAAUCAGGAACUCUGAAACUGUUCCCUGUCUACCUGAAGGGAGAGGACCUGUUUGGAUUCACCGUCACCGCUGUCACCAGGAUCGUAGAAUCGGUAAGAGCAGAGAUAGAGAGGGAUAAUAAAAUGGAUAGUCAGAGUUUAACGUUUUAGGUGAGCAGUUUGGUUUUGACUUUUGAAUGUUUUCAAAGGCCAUUAGUUUGGGCAAAUUUAAAACACUUUUGUUAAAAGCUCCAAUACAAAAUAACUUCAACUCCAUUAAGUGCUUUAAAUGAAAAGGCUUUCCAUAUGCACUCUUAAGUACUUUGACGGAAGGUUCUCCAUCAAACACACUUUUUUUAUCUAACUUUCCAUUUGAUUAUGAAAGCACUUUUUCAAUCUAAGGUUAAGUGGUGUAAUUUUUAAAUUCCCUGUAGGAAAAACAGUUCAAUAAAUCCACUUAUGCAUCAUAAUGGAAACCUGAAAUGUACUAGUGAGUGUUUAAAGUAAGAUGAAUACUUGAUUGCAGCUUGUAAUGAACAACUAUCGGUCAUUAUUGACCCAUUUUAAUGGAAAAUGUAAAUAAAAUAUUGUUUUUUUGUGUGUGUGUGCGCGUUUCCCAGCUCCCUGGAGUGGAAGCCUGCGACAGAUAUACUUUCCGGUUCGGACGCAACCCUCUCAUGGAGCUCCCCUUGGCCAUAAACCCAACUGGCAGUGCCCGCUCAGAACCCAAGGCCUGCAGCCAUGUCAAGAGGUUGGUGUUAAGGUAUUCUGUGUCAUUUUACACUUUUAAGUUCCUGCCAUGUUUGUUUCGGUUGACCACUGUUUUCUCUCUGGAACACUCUUUGUUCCAUUCACAACAAGGUGUUCUCUCGCUCGCUCGCUCGCUCUCUCUCUCUCUCUCUCUCUCUCUCUCUCUCUCUCUCUCUCUCUCUCUCUCUCUCUCUCUCUGUCUCUCUGUCUCUGUCUCUGUCUCUGUCUCUGUCUCUCUCUCUCUCUGUCUCUCUCUCUCUGUUUAAAUCACUGGACAGCUCAGUAACAAAAGAAAACUGGCUUCCCUCAUCACUCUUUUCUUGUGAAAUAGUCAUCCUUCAUUGUCACAUCUGUUUUCAGUCAAUAUUGUACAUAUUACUGUUUUUAGUGCCCCGAUGACGCAUAAGUGACACAUUCGCUGUAAAAUAAUGCUAAUGUUAAACAUCCUGGGUUCCUGGAAUGGUACUUACCCUUACAUGUUGAGCUAGAUGUUGGUAUAUCUGCUAGAUAGAGGAUCUGCUCCCAGCCACACAUGAACUGCCUUUCCACCCCAAUAACUCUUGCUCGCUUCUCGUUUGGUGGAACACCACUUUCCCGGAGGACCCAAAUGAAGCCUAUUCCUGGACCUUUAAAUGGAGAUGAUCCAUUGAGCAUGUCUGUUAGUCAAGGGUUAGGCUCAAUCUGUGUCCAGAAAACCACCAUAUAUGCAGUCCCACUCGCCAUUCAAUCACCUGUCCACCAUGCAUAUAGAUAGAAUAAGACCUAAUAGAAUGGUAGUACUGUCUUUCUAUGGUCAUACACUACUUCCUGCUGUUCCUGUGGGAAUGCUUCAGGGUGUCUCUUGUAUGUUUUGGCUCAUCCUCUUUCCAUAGACCUCACACUUUGUCCAGCACCGGCGUCUCCUCCUCUAAGUCCAUGCGGACAGUUGGCAGCGUGGGUGUGGUGGAAGCACCAGAAGAGGUGAUCCCCAAGCAGUUUGCAUCCGUCCCCUUCCAGUACCGACGCAUGAAAGCUGAGUGGAAGAGCAACGUGUACCUGGCGCGCUCCCGCAUUCAGGUGGGCACCUCUGUCACUCUGUGCUAGGGCUACAUGCAGUCUCUACACAGGCACUGAUGCAGAUUCAGUAUAUUUGUCUAACUUAUUCAGGCAUUGGAAUAUCUCAAUCAAUUUUGCUUGAUGCACAUUGAUUGAAUUCAAUGGUUGCUUUUGUGGAAAGUACAAGUUACCUGUUGGGUUAUGAGGGGAUGACUGACAUGGCAUCAUUUCAUAUCAUUCAUAGUGGUCGUUUGCUUUCAGAUUCAUUUAGUUCAGUGUUUGAGGUGUUGAUCCUCACUGUGUCUGUUCUGGCAGGGGUUGGGUCUGUAUGCUGCCAGGGACAUUGAGUCCCACACCAUGGUGAUUGAGUACAUUGGUACCCUGAUUCGCAACGAGGUCGCCAACCGGAUGGAGAAGAUGUAUGAAUCCCAGGUGAGUUCAGAAACAGUCAUUGCCAAAUGUUUCCCACAAGACUAAAUAUCAUCCCCCUUCAUAUCUGGCCUCUUAAAAACAUCUACAUGACAGCAAAAGAGAAGAAUGGCAAUUUUGUAUCUUCCAUGUUAUUCUCUUGCUGUGGUGCAGAACCGUGGAGUCUACAUGUUCCGCCUGGACAGUGACCAUGUUGUCGAUGCCACCAUCACUGGCGGACCAGCAAGGUAAGAGUUUCCUACGUUCAGAAUACAUCAUUUGACUACUUGUGUCUUGUCGCUAGCAUGUAGGAAAGACAUUUACCUUUGGCAUCAUCCUCAGAUACAUCAACCACUCCUGCGCCCCCAACUGCAUCGCCGAGACCGUGAGCUUGGAGAGAGGCGACAAGAUCGUCAUCAGCGCCUGCCGCAAUAUCCAGAGAGGAGAGGAGGUAAGAUAUCCUCCUUUCAUUAGCAAUAUGCUUCAUUAUUGGAAGUAGAGACUGGAGACAUAGACAUAUUGCACUGUAUCUAGUGGCUACCUCAGCCAUGUAACGUCAGCUAAUGUUUAAGAAUGGUCUCAUCAUAUCAAGCAUGCAUAGAAUUGUGCAUCAUUAUCGCAAGUUUGUCAUUGAAGUAAAGCACAUGAAGUUUUGACCUAGUAAACUCCAUAUUCAUAGGGCCAUGUUGAACUGCUUUCUCUCUCUCUCUCUUAGCUGUGCUACGACUACAAAUUUGACUUGGAAGACGACCAGCACAAGAUCCCUUGUCACUGUUGUGCGGUUAACUGCCGGAAAUGGAUGAACUAG